AACUUGAUCUCAGAAUCGGCACAGUAUUCCGGGCAAUUCAGCAGUGUGCAAAUCGGUGGUGCCGUCGAAAUACUUCAAAAAAAUUUUUAACGACCCUUACUCGUCCAUUCCUUGAAAUAAAUUUAACCAGUGCAAUUGUAAUUAUUGUGGUUACCUUCGUUCUCCUUGAAAGAGUUACCAAAAUAAGAAAUCUGAAAAUGGCAAACCUCAAGUGUAUACUCGUUCUCACAAUCGCCUUCUUUGGGAGCGCAGUGCUGGCGCGGCCAGGAUAUGCAGUGGAUUAUUAUAACCAUCCCAAAUACGCAUUCAAUUACGGUGUGGCCGAUCACACAACUGGUGAUGUGAAAUCGCAGCACGAAACGAGGGAUGGUGAUAUUGUCAAAGGUCAAUACUCGCUCGUCGAACCAGAUGGCUCCAUCCGCACCGUCGAUUAUACCGCCGAUCCUAUUAACGGCUUUAACGCUGUCGUUACAAAAUCAGGACCCACAGUACAUGCGCAAGCGUUGGUGCCCGCACCACACUAUGAACCUGCACCAGUGGUGAAGCAUGUUGCGCCUGCGCCAGCAGUUGUAGUGCCAGCACCAGCGCCUUAUGCUUCUAAACCCUACGCGCCCAUCCACUACGAUUACGAUGAUUAUGGUCAUGGUGCUCAAUAUGAAUAUGUGCCUCAGUACAACGGUCACUAUGGUGGCGGUGCCGGCUACAAUGCUCCUCACUAUGAUGGUCACUACGGCGGACAUUAUGGCGGUCACUAUGGUGGCCACUACUGAGAGAGGAACACCAUAUAGUGCGCCCUCUGCGGUAGCUGCCCUUUCGAACAGAGUACAACUCUUUUCAGCAUAAUUAGCGAAAAUUGAGCGAAAAAUUUAUGCUCAUCCAACACUUACUUAACCUCCUAAUUUCUCCCCCCACAUAUCUUUUCCUUACACGUACUGCCUACAAAUUACUCGCCAAAAUGCUUUAAAAUUUUAUUUACAUAUUCUAUAACUGAAACUAUAACAAUGUCCUUAUGUUUAGUCGAUAAGUUUGUAUUGUGUUUUUCUAUUACUAUUAUUGUAUUAUCAUAAUUAUUAUUAUUGAUUGUUGUAGGAUUUGAAAAUUGUGUGCAAGCUUUAAAUUUCCGUUGUCGUUUGUCGAUGCUAACUGUUGGCAUUCAACGGUUUAUGCAUGGAAUUCAGGCAAAAGUGUUCUAUCCACCAUUCUUGUAACAAUAUCUAAUAUUUAUAUAAACGUAUGUAUGUAAGUGAAGAAGAUGAUGUACAAUAUCAUUUUUAUAAUUUUUUAUUUGUAACAAAAGAAAACUUUUUGUAACGCAACAAUAAAACGAAUACUCAAAAAUUAAAAAAAAAA